AUUUUUGACAAUUGUUGUUCUACCACGUAUCAUAUCUCUAUGUGUAUGGAUUAGUUUUUAUUUUUACAAGAAAUACGAAAAUAUUUUCUUUUAAUUUAAAAGAAUUUCAUGAGUUAUGCAAAAAAAGUUUGUGAUAAACGUGAAUCCCCGAAAAUAGUGUUUAUUUAUAAGCAAUAAAACAAAAGAAAAGUUAAUGACAUUAAACAAAGUGCAAUAAGAAAAGAAAAAAACACAAUCUGGAAUAGUGUUGCCCAUCACAAUUGCCAUUAGGUGAAUGAGUGAAUGACGAAUUGUGGUGAUUUGAUUCCGAGACACAAGGCCAAAGUGUAACUGCUGCAUAAUUGAGCAGUUGUAGAUUAUGAGAUGCAAACACGACGACGUUUACAUCAGCACGACCAGACAGCACAGGAAGAGGGCUAUCCUCUAAUAAUACAACAACAACAGCAGCAGCACCACACACAGGCCAACCAGCAGCAAUUUCAAAACACUUAUCCACACAAUCCCUUGUUUGGAUCUAACGGUGUUGGCCCUUCAGCCACAUCGCCUCUAUUGAAUUCUGGUGCACAACAGCAAGCAAACUUUUAUCCCCAGACAUCUUUAAAUAUCGGAGGUAGUACUGGUGGAAAUCACAAUCAAGUGCCUAUAGACGACACAGACGACGAUAAAUACACAAAAGCAGGACGACAGUGGAAUUUACGAACAUUAUCUUCGCGCAUUCAACAGGCAACAUCGGGACAAGCGAUACGCAAUUUUAUCCAACAGCCUUUGAAAGCGGUAACAGGCAACUACCAGGAAGCGGAAAUACCAAACAACGCUGUACAAGACAACUUUUCGGGUCGAGGUCAUCCAAUACAAGACAUAGAAGACGAUUUAGAAGAUCUCUUUGAUAAAGAAAGUAUUGUAGUAAUGGCUGCCCGAGAUCGUACCGGUGAAUUUAACAAUGCGAUUCGAUCGCUGCAAUCGCGUAAUAUAUCUCGUGCGGUAAAUAUACGGGACCCAAGGAAGGCCAAACAGGUUCAGAGUUAUUCUGAAUUUAUGAUGGUGGCAAAGAUGAUAGGCAAGAACAUUGCCAGCACAUAUGCCAAAUUGGAGAAGUUAACAAUGUUGGCCAAGAAGCGCACGCUUUUCGAUGACAGACCCCAGGAAAUUCAAGAACUUACCUACAUUAUAAAGGGCGAUUUAAAUGCCUUGAACCAACACAUAGCACGACUGCAGGAAAUUUCGAAAGACCAACGUCGUACGGUGAGCGGCAAGCAUUUAGUAUCACAUUCCUCUAACAUGGUAUUGGCCCUUCAAUCGAAACUGGCUAGUAUGAGCACUGACUUCAAACAAAUCCUUGAAGUACGAACCGAAAACCUUAAACAUCAAAAAUCUCGACGUGAUCAAUUCGGCCAGGCGCCUGUGUCAAUUAGCUCAGUUUCACCUGCCACAGCUAAGCAAGGUUCCCUGCUGCUAAGCGAAGAGAAUCAAGAAGUUAGCAUUGACAUGUCAUCGGCCAACGACACAUCUCCCUUGCUUGGAGGAGGUUCGACGUCACAACGCAUACAAACCCAACAACAGUUAGCCAUUUAUGACGAGUCCGAUAAUUAUGUCCAACAGAGAGCGGAAACUAUGCAAAACAUUGAAUCGACUAUUGUAGAAUUGGGUGGCAUUUUCCAACAAUUGGCUCACAUGGUUAAGGAGCAGGAAGAAAUCGUGGAACGUAUCGAUACGAAUAUACAAGAUGCUGAACUAAAUAUUGAAGCCGCCCAUGGUGAAAUACUAAAAUAUUUCCAAUCUGUAUCGAAAAAUCGUUGGCUUAUGAUUAAAAUAUUCGGUGUUUUAAUAUUUUUCUUUAUAUUCUUUAUUGUUUUUAUGACAUAGUAAAUUUGUAACCCAAUGAUACUACACUGAUACUACUAACUAUUAUUGCCUAUAGAUAUUCCCCGAUUUCCUCCAAGGAAACUAUCUAUGCGAAAAAAAAUACUUUGGAUGUAAAUUAAAAUCACAAUAGCUGAGUAUAACGAAAACUAAUUAUGUAAUUUAAUUUAAAAGGAAACACUAUAUGAUAUGUAAAUGAAAGGAAUAUACAUGAAUACAAAAAUAAAAUUUGUUAAAUUUUGAAAA